AUGGAAGACUCACAAGAUUUAAAAUCACGUAUCAAAACUUAUAUCGAACAAGACAAUUUUUAAGAAGCCUUAAAUCUCUCAAGAACAAAUUCUGAGAAAAAAGGUAAUGAACAAUUUAAAUAUUAUGUAGGCUUUUCUCAUAAGCUUUUAGGGUAGCUUGAAGAAGCUAUAAAUAUUUUUGAAGAUUUUGAAGAAGAACAAUUCAAGAAUUUAGAUUUUAAAAUGAAAUAAGAGUUAUUAUUCCAUAUGGCAGAUAUUUAUUAUACAAAAGAAUUAUUUGCAAAAUCUGCUGAAUACUUUAAUAGGCUAUUAGAAUUAAAUGAAAAUUAUGGUGAAUCUUAAAAUAAAGAUAUUUUCAGCAAAUGUAUUUCAUCAUAUUUGAAUACAUAAAAUUUAUUAAAAGCUCAAAAAAUAGGAUAAGGAGCAUGCAAAAAAUAUCCAGAUGAUGCAAAUAUUAAUUUAAACUAUGCAAAAGCAUUAAUAAAACUUAAAAAAUAUUAAGAUUCAAUAAAGCUAUUGGAUCAAUUUAUCCAGCGCAGUUAAAAUGCAUAAGCCAAGCUACUUCUUUCUGAUACUUACUUUAGAGCAAACAUGUUAAAAGAAGCUGAAAAUAUUAAUUAGCAAAUACUAAGCUAGCACCAAGAGAUGAAAUAGGAAGCUAUUGCUAAUUUAGUAAAGAUUAAAUUUAGUUCAUUUGAAUUUAAAGAGGCGUUUAGUUAUAUUUAACUUGGAUUUAGCUUAAAUCCAAACUCACCAAUUUACAAUUAUUACUAUGGCAUGAAUUUGUAUCUUCAAGGAAGUAUAUAGCAAGCUAUUCCUCAGUUAGAAAUGGCAAUUACAUUAAACGAUCAUUAAAAUCACAGGUUUAUCUUAAGUUUUUUGAUAGCAUAUAUUGAUAAAGGGUAUUUGACAUAAGAUUAUGAUAAUUUUCAUAUUUCAGAGGCUUACCUUAAAAGUGAUGAUCAUACUAAGCAAUAGAAAUAAAUAAACAAUAACUUAAAAGACAAUCCUUUGCUCUAGUAUGUAUAUGCACUAAUACUGAGGUUGAACAAUUAACCCAAAGAAUUUUAAUAACACUGGUCUCAAAUAUUUCAUAUAAAUUAAUCUAAUUAAAAUUAAUUUACAAGACAUCCAUCACAAGAUAUAUAUGAGAGUUUAGAUUAAGAUUCUUUAAAUUUGCUUCGUUUGAUUUAGUAGAUUGAUUUUUGCAAUACAGUGAAAGCAGUUAACUCCAAAUAUGAGGCAGAAAUUGAGAGUUAAAAAACUUUACUUCUAUUCUAAAUUCUAAAAUUCAUUUCAAUUCCAUCUGCAAGACUCUAAAAGCAGAAACAAAUCGAACUUAUUUAACUGAUAAGAAAUAUUAAUAAAUAUUAAGAAAUAUGCAGCGAAAAAUAUCAAAGCAAUCAAUCAAUACAAGAUAUGCCCUUUUCUAUUUAAUCUUAAAUAUUUGAUCAAAGCAUAGUUUUAAACAAUAAUAAUAGUAACAGUAAUUUAAGUGUUUAAGAAUAAAAACAAAAGAAAGAUAAAGGUAUAGAAGAAUUCUAAUUAAAAUUUUUGGAGAUAACAAACAAUGUAAUUAACUUUGCUAACUAAUUCUUCAAAAAAGGAUUUAAGUUGAAUGAUAAAAUAAGUAAUUUCAAUGCUUAGGAGUUGAUCAUUAUAAUUAUUCUUUCAACUAUUGAAUUAGAAGAUUUAAAAUCAAUGUAAAAUCUAACAAUAGACGAUUUAAACUUACCAUCUAAAGUUAGAAGGAUUAUGGAUUUAAAUAGUAUUGGAGGAGGAUUUUUAUUUUCGAAUUUAUUACAAUCAGCAUUAGAAGAUAUUGAACAAAAGAAGAUAAAAUCUAAGCUCUCCAAAAAGGAAUUGCUAAAAUAAGAAUUGCAAAGUUUGAAUGCAUAUAAAUUAAAUGAAGAUUUGUUUGUGUAUAAAUCUUCUUCUGAAGCACUUGCAUAUGAAUAUGCGUACAAGUUCUUUACAACACUUCUUCUGGAAAACUAAGCUGAAAUAAGGUACUACAGCUAUAUUACUUACUAUUACCAAACGAUCAGCUCCUAAGAACAAACUGAUAUUUUAAAAUAGAUAUUUAAUUCAGUUGAAUAAUACAGUCACAAAUCUAUGAAAGAGUCUUUUAUUAAGAUAUAAUCUGAUAAAUGUCUUUGCAACAUAUUUUGA